AUGACAACCGUCACCGUGGUCACUACAAUGAUAAUCACUGUUCCUGUGAUCGCUGGUCCUGUGAUCACUGGCCCUAUUAUCAGGACACCUGAGAUCACUGGCCCUGUAAUCACUGACCCAGUGAUCAAUGAUCCUGUGAUCACUGACCCUGUGAUCACGCAACCUGUGAUCAAUAGUACUGUGAUCAUUAUCCCUGCGAAAAUUAACACUAUGAUCAUUGUUCCCACAAUCAUAGACUUUGUGAUCACUGCCUCUGUGAUCGCUAAUGCACUGAUCAAUGACCCUGUGAUCACCGACCCUGUGAUCACUCAACCUGUGAUGAAUAGUACCAUGAUCACUGACCCUGUGCUCACCACUCCCUUGAUCACUAAUCCUGUGAUUGCUGUUCCCGUGAUCACUGGCUCUAUGAUCACUGUUCUUGUGAUCAUUGUUCCUGCGAUCACUGACCUCAUGAUCACUGUUCCAAAGAUCACCAAUCCUGUGAUCACUGUUCCCACGAUCACUUCCCCUGUGAUCACUGACCCUGUGAUCACUGACCUUAUUAACAGGGCACCUGUGAUCAAUUGUCCCAUGAUCACUGCCACUGUGAUCACUGUCCCUGUGAACAGACCCUAUGAUCAAUGUUCCUGUGAUCAGUGA